AUGCGAUCGUUCCUAACUAUCACGCUUGGCUUUAUUUCAGCAGGGGUACUAGCGCAAGAAGCUUUUGAGCAACCAGAUUUCAACGUAACUCGAGCACUACUUAAUAAUGGAGUCGAUAUCUCAGUUAUUCCAGAACUGGCUGGAUCUGUCGAAAGAUCUUCAGUGAGCAGUUGCGCAUGUAAGUCGCUCAAACUUCUAUUUGCGGACGAUCAGGUCGAAACCCAAGGCGAACCAGCUUACGCAGCCGUCAUCGACUAUUUCUGGUCAACGCAACAGAAAGAUCCAGCGCCAUAUUGUAUUUUCAAGCCUGAAAAGGCUACGCAAGUUUCAACGCUGGUCCUUCUGGCUCGUCUUACGCAGUGCCCGUUCGCCAUAAGAAGUGGAGGGCAUGCUGCAUUUGUGGGAGCGUCUAGCAUUGAUGGUGGUAUUACUGUGACCUUUGAGAGAAUGAAGGGCAUCACACUUUCUGAUUCCGACAAGAAAGUUGCAUCGAUUGAGCCUGGCAACCUCUGGUACGACGUCUAUACCACUCUUGCAGUUGAUAAUCUUGCUGUUGUCGGUGGCCGUGUCUCGACGAUAGGUGUUGGUGGACUUACACUCGGAGGGGGCAUUUCGUUCUUCGCGAAUACAUACGGAUGGGCAUGCGAUAACGUAGCUUCGUUCGAAGUAGUCACCGCGUCAGGCAUCAUUGUGACUGCUAGUCCUACCUCGUUCCCCGAUCUCUACUGGGCUCUGCGAGGUGGCGGGAAUAAUUUUGGCAUCGUCACUCGAUUCGAUUUGGAGACGUUCUCUCACGGCUCAGAAAUGUUUGGCGGCCAGCGCCAGUUCUUCGAAGAUUCCUUCCCAGCAGCCAUCGACGCAUUUCACAACCUCGGUGUCAAUUCUGCAGACGAUCCUAAAGCUACGCAGUUCCUUGCGGUCACGCUGUACCAAGGCGUGAAGUUGGCAGUUGCAGAGCUGGAACAUGCAGACCCUAUAGUCGACGCACCGAUCUUUGCGGAAUACAGAGCAGUUCCUGCAUUUGCUGAUACUACUGGUAUCAAAACUUUGGCAAAUCUGACCGAGCAGUUAAACAACAACAACCCCAAAGGGUACCGCGAAACAUAUUGGACUGCAUCCUCGAAGCUCGACAAGCAGAUGGUCGAGUUUGUAGUCAACACCACAUUCGAAGAGUUUGCGAAAAUUGCAGACGUAACAGGCUUGGUGCCCUCGAACACGCUGCAAAUCAUAACUGUUCCGCAACUUGAGCAGAUGGCCCGCAAAGGAGGAAAUGCACUUGGCCUCUCACCUCCUGAUGGACCUAUCUUUCUCAUCAACCCGGCGUGUCGCUGGGACAAGGUCGAAGACGAUGCACGUGUGCUGGCUGCAAACGCCAACAUCGUCAAACGUAUGGUUGCUGAAGCAGAGAGGCGGGAUCUUACCCAUGAAUAUCUGUACAUGAACUAUGCAUCCCAGUUCCAGCAUGUUAUCGGGAGUUAUGGUGAUGUCAAUGGCCGAGAGUUGAAGGCUGUGUCGGCGAAAUAUGAUCCUACUGGAGUGUUCCAGAAAUUGCAGCCAGGGUACUUCAAACUGGCUGGACCACCGGUUGCAGAUUGGCCAAAACCUAUACGAUGA